AUGGCUCAGGAUGAGAGAGAGGCAGAGAUAGCCAACUCCACGAGUGAUCCAGAGUCGGGCAAAGACACGGAAGAUCUGACAAAAGGCCUGGAGGAACUCCGUGAGAGCCCUGAAGAGGAGAAGAGUGAGAAGGCUCUGCUGCAUUCACGCCUAGAACAACAGCAUCGCCUUAUCUGUAUACUGAAGAAAAAAGCAGAUGAUGCACGCAAACGCUGCAAGAGCCUGGAGCACCUCAACAUGGAGCUGGAGAAACUGAGGACAGAGGAUGCUGUGAAAAUGAAAACCCAGACCCAACGGAUUCAGCAUUUGGAGGGGUGCUUCAUGGAUACGGCCAACAACCAUGAAAAAAUGAUCCAGUUCAAGGAUGAACACAAGAAACGGCAUAUGCAGCUGUGGGAGGAGAAUAAGCGCCUGCAGGAGAACAAGACGCAGAGGGAGAAGGAAGCUGAAGUGCUCCAGCUCGCUGCCCAGGCCAGAAAGCUCUCGCAGCAGUUAGCCUCCUUAGAGGAGACGUGUGCUUACGAGAGUCGCAGAGCCCAGGAGCGAGAAAAGGAGCUGCUAGAAGCUCAGAGACAGCAAGAAAGUGCCUAUGCCUGGGAAGUCGAUUCACUAAAAAAACAGCUGCAACGCCUACAGGAGAAGCAUCAACAAACUGUUGCACAGGUAGAGCAGGCAGAAAGUCAGCAGAGGGCUCAGGGCAGCGAGCUGCAGGCCAAGCUGGAGAGGGCAAACAAGGAGAAAGAGCGACUACUGAACCUGGCCAUGGAGAGGGGCAAAGCUCUGCAAGAGAAGGAACGGGAAAUUCAGCAGCUGGGGAAGAAGCUGGAGACUGCAGAAAAAGCCAGGCAGAGAGCAGGAAAGCGCCUUGUGAAAGAGGCAGCAGCAGGGGACAAUGACCUGAAGGUCCAAGAGCUCCAACAACAGCUCGAAAGCAGCAAGCAGGCAUACAGCGAACUCUUGCUGCAGUUUGAUGCUUACAGAAAGCACAGCACAGAUUUACUGACUAAAGAAAAAGCGCUGAAUGUCAAACUCCGUCAUUUUAUUGCGUAA